AUGACCACCAAGACGCACAAGAACAAUCUUUCUAUCUGCCUCACCGAAUCUGUUGUUUUCUUACGAUCCUCAGACUUUACUGGCAGGCGUCACUCGGCGAGCGAUGUGUCUCCGGCGCUCUUGCGCGGGCUGUUGACCUUGAACCUCGUCAAGCCCACGAGGAUUUCAAGUAUCGAAAUAGAGCUUCAGGGGAAAUCUGCGACAAGCUGGCCGGAAGGUGUUGGCGCACGGCGCACGGAAGUGACAGAAGAACAUAAAAUCUUCUCCGCCACACAAGUUUUCUUUCGUGCGCCCUCGACGCCGUCUUCGUCCAUCCGACGUGCCCUCUCCGUUGGGCCAGGCCUGUCUUUCUACCGAGAUGAGCUCGAGCACACCGACAGUUCCCCAGAACGCGAUCACGAUCCUGAUAGCACGCGCGACCGUUCGCGCGACUAUUUCACAGGAGUGCCACGCCGUCAAACCCACGCUCCUGAUGGCGCAGGCGGCGUGGACGAAAUUGUGCGGCGUGGAAGGGACACGGCGCGACGGCGCCUGAGUGCCGACCGGACCAUCUUCCAACGCGACCCUGUCCUGCAUCGGACGAACUCGCGCUCGCCGACCCCACUCUAUACACCGCCGAUGCUCUCCCCGCCGAGCCAGCCCGCGUUCGCGAUAGAUUCGGUCCCGCCGACGCCGCGCAGUGGACGCUCGUCCACAAGCCAUUUCCUCCCACUGCAUAGAAUGGAGGAGAUCCCGAGCGACCUCGAAUUCGUUCCACGAGACGCGAACCGGUCCCAGUCACGUACGCCCGCCGAGUCGUCGGCGUCAAGUUUCCGCUCCCACCUUGAUACAUCGCUUUCACGCCCCGUCAGUAUUGAUGAGGACCUGCAUUCCCAUGCCGCGGAGCGCUCCAUGCCGGUGUCCCCCGUUCGUGGGUCGCGGGAGCCGAGCACGGAUCGCGGGCGCAAGGUCGCGAGGUUCAGCCUGAGCGCGGUGUCGAAUGUGAUUCUGGAUGCGGUCAAGGAGCGGGUGAGGUCGAGCUCGCCGAGGACGUUCGACAGGGGUGCGAGCGUGGAUCAGCGGGAGGCGAGUCGGGGACGGACGUUUGACAAGGGGAAGGGAAAGGAGAAGGAGAAAGAGAAGGAGUCGACGUGGAGUCAUCUGUAUCAUACGAAGGAGAAAACGACGACGGCGUUUGGGAAGGUGGGGGAGGUGCUUGGGUUGGACCUCGAGGAGCACAAGGAGUUUGGAGAUGGUUGGAGGGAGUAUAAGGCUGGGACGUACACGUUUCCGAUAUCCUUUGCGAUUCCAUUGAAUAUGCCUCCUUCAUUGGAAUGCGAUUAUGGAUCAGUGUCUUGGCGGCUCAAAGCACAGGUGCAUCGACCGGGCGCGUUCACCACGAAAUUGACUGCACUUCGAGACGUCGUGAUCGUUGCGUCCCCCAGCGACGACGACACAGAGGAUACAGAGAACAUCAUUGUUGAGCGGUUCUGGGAUAAUCAGUUGCAAUACCUGCUCUCCAUCUCCGGCAGGAUGUUCCACAUUGGGGGCACGAUACCUAUUCACAUGAGCUUCUUGCCCAUGGCCAAGAUGAAAAUUCACCGUCUAUCCGUGAUCCUUGAGGAGCGAGUAGACUACUAUGUGCAAAUGAAGCGCUCCGCACGGUCCGAGCAAACAAACCGGUUCGCGCUCCUCAUGCUCAAGAACGCGGACAAGAAUGGUCCUUCCAUCCUCCCGCUCGUCUCUGAUGACCCUCUCGCGUUCAUGGACUCGCCGCUACACGCACUGCUUGGGCCCGAUGACGACGCGUCAGAAAUGGCAUCGAGCUUGAUGGGCCCUGGCCCGUGGUCGUUUCACACGACGCUCAAGCUACCGACCGCGUGUGGACUGCUGCAUUUCACGAAUAAGAACAGGAAGAGUAACAUCCAGAUCGCACACACGCUCAAGAUCGUUAUUCGGGUCGAGCGUGGGGACGAUCUGCAUAUCGAUCCGAAGACCGGCAAGCGGAAGCUGUUCGAUAUCGUCGUGCAGACGCCGGUACACAUCCUCUCUGCGUCUACGCAGUGCCUGUGCAACUCGGAACACACGUCUCUCCCGCGGUACUCUGAGGCGCUCGAGGAGUCUUUCCCACAGGUGCGCUCCUGCGCGUGCCCUGUCAAGCGUCGCAAGCAAUCCGUCGUCCCUCCGUCGCCGCCAUCCUCCGGGCUCCUCGAGCGCACCAUUUCGCGCAUGUCGAGCGACUCAGGUGCAUCGCUCGCUGAGGUUACUGCCGCUCCCCACUCGCGCGUUGGGACAUUGUUCGACCAAAACGUCGUAUACGAGCGCCUGAUCACGGGGCAGCAGAGCGAGAGCGGGGAGGCGCCGCCGGCGUAUGUGGCAGUGGCGCGACCGACGAUGGUCGUGUUGUGA